AUAGCUUGCUUCCAGACUAGGAACCCUAGCUUCGCCCGUUCCGGAUCCUGUCCGAGGACCAACCACAACAACAACAAUAAGAUCGCAAGAUAACAACAAACGCUCCCACGGUCAUGCUUCAGAAGUGCAACGACAGCGAAGCAGUUCGCUCCCUCUGCUGCUACUGUCUGUGGGCGAUUGAUUGAAGCAUCACCAGAAGAUUCGAGAGCUAUCCGUUGCCCCGCUUACGUCAAUCACGACUUCCUACGAACAAAAGCAGACUUGUCAAACGGUCCAAAUUGAUUUGCGCUUGAAUUCGGCAUAUCUGGCAGCCUUGCGCUGACAGUGAGGCUCUGCGUUGUCCCGAGGAAAAGUGGAGGUGGUGGAGCACAACACUCGAGCUCCAUCCAUGGAUGAUCGCGAACGACAGAGGAGCAUGUCGCUCAUACCUUACCUGCCAGCAGAAUCGCGGGAAAUUGUUCUGCGUCAUGGUUCAGCGGUCGUGGUUUAUGAUCAGCGCUCCAAGCAGCUCUCCCUCCGCGAUGCUUCCAAGUCAACCGCGCUAGACGAAACGUCCUGCCCAUACUGCCACCGAGCUUACCGUGAGCCCUCGCCCCACGAUACCGACGAUGACGAGCGUCCACAUUCGCCAGGCGAACCUGGUAUGGACCAUGGAUUCGUCAACCCAGGGUACUUCCAGAUGCUGCGUGGCAGCCAGCCCAGCUCCACGGCAGGCUCACGGCCAUCUUCGCCACAUAAACAGCUAGAGCCUGCGAUACCGCGAGGAUCUUUUAGUGGAUUCCGUGCGCCGGAAGGAGCGGAGUUCGUGGGUAGCACGCCUAUUCCUCCAAAGAACCAAGGCAUUUCUGCGAGGGCGUUUAGCCCAAACUACUUCAAGACAUUCUUUGUCGAAGAGAGGGAACUCGGACGAGGAGGCAAAGGUGUUGUACUUCUUGUACAGCAUGUUUUAGACGGCGUGCAGCUAGGCAAGUUCGCCUGCAAGAGAGUGCCUGUUGGAGACGACCAUGAGUGGCUCGAGAAGGUCCUAAUCGAAGUGCAGCUGCUACAAAACCUAUCGCAUCAAAACCUCGUUUCAUAUCGACAUGUCUGGCUCGAGGACUACCAAAUCAACACGUUCGGCCCAAGUGUACCUUGCGCAUUCAUCCUGCAGCAAUACUGCGAUGGUGGAGACCUACAUGGCUACAUCUUGGAUUCUGCGAGAACAACAAUCACGAAAGAUCAGAUGAAAGAACGCCUAAGGCGAAGAUCGAAAGGGCAGAUGGAGGAAGCGGAGGCUCCGCUCGGGCCGCGGCGCAUGCCCUUUGAAGAAAUCAUCUCUUUCUUCAAGGACAUUACCUCCGGAUUGAACCAUCUGCACACCAAUGGCUACAUACAUCGGGACUUGAAACCCAGCAACUGUCUCCUGCAUCGCGAUAAGUACGGCAUGAAAGUCCUGGUCAGCGACUUUGGCGAGGUACAAUCAGCGAAUGCUGCCAGAAACUCGUCUGGUGCCACAGGCACCAUCUCAUAUUGUGCACCUGAGGUCCUUAAGCAGGAACGACCAGGCGGACCGUAUGGCAACUUCACUACCAAGUCAGACAUCUUCUCUCUUGGCAUGAUCGUCUACUUCAUGUGCUUUGCGCGCUUACCAUAUCUAAACGCGGACGGCAUCGACGAAGAUAAUGAAGACCUGGAUCAGCUGCGUGCUGAGAUAUCCGCGUGGGCAGGAAUUGACGAUGAGCAGCGUAUACGGUCUGACCUGCCCGAGAAAUUGUACAAAUCACUCAAGCGUCUGCUCGCUCUAAACCCUGAUGAGCGUCCAGCGACUGAGGAGAUUCUCCAUGUGCUCAAAUCACCCUCCGUCUUCGAUGAGUUCAAUGCCUACGCUGGCCCUGCGGGUAUGGACGAUUUCAGCCCUCGUAUAUCUCGCGCCGAUACUCCAAGCCCCGGGCCGCAGUUGGCCAGGAAACAAAGCUCCGCACACCAAUAUACACGGCCUGGGCGCUCGAACCUAGGUGCGUCGGUCAUGGAGCGCUCGCCAAGUCCGCCACCCACCCUUGCUUCACGCAGAGCAAGUUCAGAGGACGCGGUACUGAUCUUGAGGACCAAGAAACUGGAGUUUCCUCCCCCAGAAGUGGUCAGAACGCCCUCUCCCCACAGACUCAUGCUCCCACCUCCACCAGCUGGGCGGCAGAGUUGGAUCAUGAGGUGUCGACGCCGCGCGACCACCAUCAUGCAAUACCCAAUCACAGCAAGUAUGAUUAGAGUGGCUCUCUUUCUCUUGAAGGCAGCCAGCUUGUUUGGACCUUGCCAGCCGUUCGCGGCAGAACCAUGGGCGGCGUACUCAUUGCUUGGUUUGGCCUCCCUUGACUUCCUAUACCCGCAUGUUAUUUUGCUGCCGCAAACUCAGCGCUGGUACAGUGGAGGCCUGGUGGGGAGUGUCGCAUUGAUGUUGGUGCAUGUGGCGGUUGUAUCGGUGCUUUGGGAGAAGGGUCGACUGUGUGCGAGAAGCAUCACGUGGGAUGGGUUCUGAGUAAGGCAGGCCGGCCAAAGAUGCGGCACCGUGAGAGAUAGACUUAAAGUUAGUGCUGAAUAAUAUCCUCCAUAGCCUUUCCCGAAGAUCACGGUUCGAUCAUGGCGAACUG